AAUAUAUCCUAUAAGUAUGUUUGUAUUCAACUCCAGCCGGAGCCGGAGACAGUGACGACAGUCACAUCAAACUCUUCUCAAUCACCCGUCGCCUUACCUGCUCCAAAUGCGGACUCAUCCGCCACCAGCAACACCGCCAGCGCCGCCACCACCAGCAACAGUCGUUAUGCCAAUGGUACAACUACGUCCUCAGGUCACUCGCGCUCCUCUGCCAGCCGCAUCUCCACUAUCGGCACUGGUGACCAACCUCAAAUCGGCAAGUACAAGUUCAUUCGCACCAUUGGGAAGGGCAAUUUUGCCAAGGUGAAGCUGGCCUGCCACGUGAUCACAGGCAAGGAGGUGGCCAUUAAGAUUAUUGACAAGACCCAGCUCUCUCCCUCCAGCAGACAGAAGCUCUUUCGCGAAGUGCGGGUCAUGAAGAUGCUCGACCAUCCAAAUAUUGUCAAACUCUUUGAGAUUAUCGCAAAUGAGAAGGUUCUCUACCUCGUUAUGGAGUAUGCUAGCGGUGGUGAAGUAUUUGACUUCCUUGUGACCCACGGCAAAAUGGCUGAACGAGAGGCCCGCGCCAAGUUUCGACAAAUCGUUUCUGCGGUACAGUAUUGCCAUCAAAAGAAGGUCGUUCAUCGCGAUUUGAAGGCAGAGAACUUACUUCUCGACGCCCAGAUGAAUGUUAAGAUAGCUGACUUCGGUUUCUCGAAUGAGUUUAGCUCGGACAAGAAGUUAGACACCUUCUGUGGCAGUCCGCCCUACGCUGCACCUGAGCUUUUUGAGGGUCGGAAGUACGAUGGUCCAGAGGUGGACGUAUGGUCGUUGGGCGUAAUCCUCUACACGUUGGUAUCCGGAGCCCUGCCCUUUGACGGGCAGAACCUGCGAGAGCUACGCGAGCGCGUGCUCACUGGCAAGUACCGUGUGCCCUUUUACAUGUCCACCGACUGCGAGGCUCUGCUGCGCAAGAUGCUCCAUCUCAACCCUGCCAAGCGGCACACCCUCGAGUCUGUGAUGAAAGACAAGUGGAUAAACACAGGUUACGAGGACUCCCCCUUGACUCCCUAUGUUGAGCCAAAGCCCGACCUCAAUGAUCAGGUGCGCAUCGAGAUCAUGGUGAACAUGGGAUUCUCGCGUUCCGACAUUAUGAAAUCACUGGAAUCGGGGAGCUUUGAUACCAUUGCUGCUACUUAUUUUCUCCUUGGUCAUCCCACCCCGCCUAAUCUGGAGUCGGACUCGGGACGUGGCUCUGAUUUGUCUCUUCGGUUAGUGACUUCUUUUGCACCAUCACUCUGUCUUUUACCCACCUUCCAGUAUGCCGAUUGA